GGCCAGGAUGGUGAUUGGAAGCGGCAUAAGGGAGGGUUCCUCUGGAGUAUGUCAGCUGCUGCUGGUUUUGGUGAUGUGCGUGAGUGUCCAUCUUGUUAAGGCGUCCCCGUCCCAAGUCUCCAAGUCAGCCCUUAGGACAGGACUGCAAGAGCGAGCAACGGAUGUCAAUACGAUUGCCGAGUUGAAGCUGCAUCAUCUUUCGCAGCAGAGUGAUAAGAACAAGAGAUCUGCACAGGCCAGCUUAGCAAGAUCAGAUCUUGACAGCGUUGAUCCAGCUGCUGCUGUGAUGAGCGCGAUUUCUCCGCAGGACGCGCCCUCAGUCGAUGCAUCCGGGAAAGUCAUUGACAGUGGUCACAUUGGUGCUGAUGGGAAACGCACUGGUCAACUGGCAGAGCCACCUUCGUUCAUGUUCCCCAUCAUCCUCGCAGUUGCUGGCUCAGUGCUGAUGGUGGCAGUUUUUACAUACAUGUGCUUCUUCAGAGAGGAAAAGCCCAAGAAAAAGGGAGACACAUACUCGUGAUUCAGUCUUGAAUAUUCUUUCUGCUUUGUUCUAAUAUUCUUUCUGCGCUUUCCCCAAUGCAAUCUGUUUAUGUUUUCUUCAAGGAGCGCUAGCCUCUCAACAAUUGUUAGAUGCAUCAAGUAAGGAGGAUAUCCGAUUGCUGUAAGAUGAACUGGUAUUCUUAACAAGAAACUUUUGUAUUACAUGA